AUGGCCAGCUCGACAUUAGAAAACCUCCCUCGGGACAUCCUAAUCAUGCUGCCAGAAUACAUCCACAACAUCGAAGACUACACAAAUCUCUCUUCGACAUGCAGGAUACUGCGAAGCUGUAUGACAGCCGCAACMCCAAAAGACAUCUUGAGACUUGCAGCCGCGCAGAAGGAUGUCUUUUUCCGUCCGAGUCCGCUGUUCCUUGUCAUGGCCACGGCGAAGGAGCUGGGGAAUUGGGCACGGAUCUCGGAUGCUAAUGAGCAGGAAUUUGCGCGAAGAUGUCGAGAGGGGAAUUCGGGUUUGCUGCAGUUGGCGUUGCAGCAUUGUGGGUUGAGUAUGGAGAGGAUUCGGGAGUUGCAUCUCGCGAGGUUCGAGAUUAUCAACCCCGUGAUUGAUAUCAUUGAUCAGUGUGUGGGACAGCAGUGGUAUGCGAUUGAGGAUUUCUGGAGUGGAGGUGUUAGCGACCCGUGCACGAUCGAUGCGGAACCAGCAGAGACCUUCUUCAAUCUAGCAAUCUACGGGGAACUCUUCUCCCCAGAUCUCGCUGCCCUUCUCCAACAGGACACACAGUCGAGGAGAUUGAAAGUCGACACCCGUCUCAAGUUUUCAAGAUACUGUGUGUCGGACAUUGCGGGGUAUGGCAGUGGUGGGGGCAACAGCAUCGCUCUGAGCUGGAUGAUCAAAAGUAGUCGUUGGAGACCGCAUUGGCAAGCCAUGAGAGAAACCGCUGCAGCUCCUGACUUCCAGGAGAACUUUCCUGUUGAUUGGCUGUAUCAUGAAGACCAUCAACGGGUAGAAGACCCGGAGGCAGCCCUUGAUUGGAGGCAGCGACUUUGGGGAAAUGUGAUGUUGUGUCAAGGAUUAGAGGGUUUGGGGAUGAUGAGGCCGGACUUGCGGCAUGCAUGGAUAGAUCGGGUUAGGAUGUGGAGAGAUCAGAUCGCGAGGUUGGAGAAGGAGCCUGAGUUGGUGAAAGUGGGACGGCAGGCGACUUUUGAGUAUCCUUUUCUGCUGGGUGAUUUGAACUCGGCGCAUGCAUUUGCAGUUGCUGAGAGAAGAGAUCGAAAUUUGACGUACUUUGUUGAUUGGAGCGAGGUCUGA